AUGCCGAGUGAUGUGAAAAUUAGUGGUCCAGUGAGGAGUGAUGUGAACAGUAGUGGUCCUGUGAGGAGUGAUGUGAGCAGUAGUGGUCCUCUGAGGAAUGAUGUGAACAUUAGUGGUCCUCUGAGGAAUGAUGUGAACAGUAGUGGUCCUCUGAGGAGUGAUGUGAAAAUUAGUGGUCCUCUGAGGAGUGAUGUGAAAAUUAGUGGUCCUCUGAGGAAUGAUGUGAACAGUAGUGGUCCUCUGAGGAGUGAUAUGAAAAUUAUUUGUUCUGUGAGGAGUGAUGUGAAAAUUACUAUUUCUGUGAGGAGUGAUGUGAACAGUCGUAGAAGUGGUUCUGUAAAGAUGGACAUGUUAAGAGGGGGCAUCUUGCGGUGGCUGUGGGGUCUGGGGUCUGAGGUAAGGGUGGGGGUUAUGGCAGCCUACAACAAUGCUUCCUACCCCCUCACGCUGGGUCCCCUCAUGCCUGCCCCAACCACUGCCUCACAGCUAAAGGAUGAGCUUGCUUUGUUGCCCUCGGUGGAUGAGGUGGAACAUGGCAUGUAUGGUGGAGAAUACUGCCUUCCCUGUGUCCUUCACCAAGCAAAUAAGAUGCUGGAGGAUGGAGGCAUAGAAGCAGGGACAGGGGUGUUGUUGUUGACUGCAUGUACACCUACAGUCACACCUGACACCUUCUCCCAAGUCCUAAAUUCAAACAUCUCUGCCAUUCAUACUUUGGCAUUGUGCUCCUCCACUGAUCCCAUGUUUGACCAACUUGCAAGUGGUGGAGGGUUAUCUUGGGUGUUGCCAGGUCGUACAACAGCUGCAUCUGUGCAAGCAGAGGAGGGUAGUAAGGGGUCUGAGCAGCAGGCUGGCCUGGUCCUAACUGCUGCUACUCAAGCUACUCUGGGUGCUCCAGGAAAAUCCAGACUUGUUAGAUAUCCACAGAUUGUUGAGUUAACAAACCUGUCUGGAGAGGAAAUAGACAUAAUGAGAGACACCAAUCAGCGUUUCUGGGCAGUAGUGGACAAGAAUGGUGGGAUGUACACCUAUACCUUGAAGUUCCUCACAAGUUCAGUUAAUUUCCCAUUAUCUGUAACUGUGGAUGCAUAUGAGAGAAAACAAGAUGACACUGGCAUUGAGGUAAAGCUCUUCACCAACAAUGAUGGACAGGUGCCCCUGGAGCCUGGUUCAAAACCUUUGGUAGUAUGGGCUGAGGACCUGGAUGGAUGCCCGGUUGUGGGGUCAAAGGUCAUGCUGAGAGUAAGUCACCUAAGUGAGGAUGGGUCAACAGACAUGAUGGUAGAGCUUCUUGACAAUGGAAAUGCAGAGCCAGAUGUGCGUGCUCAGGAUGGGGUAUACACAAGGUAUGUGACAUGGUUGCCAGGGGAGGGACGCUAUGCCCUUUCUGCUACCGCAUCUGACCACCAUGGGGCAGCCUCUGUCCUCAAGCCCAGGAAGAGUGCAGAUGGUCAUGUGGUGCCAGUGAGUGCUGGUCAUUUCACAGCCAAUAGUGGUGUGCUGUCACUCACUGUGGCUCGUGUCACCUCUGCUGACCUCAUACCACCUUCAAGAGUUACUGACUUAGCGGUGACCUCUGUGCAAGACACUACUGUUAACCUCACUUGGUCAGCACCAGGUGGGGACCUGGAUCAAGGCUCAGCAUGGGUGUAUGAACUGAAAAUGUAUACAGAGCGGAGCGCCCUUAGUGAGGAGCGGUUCAACACUUCCACCAUUGCUGUUUACUGCAUCACCCAUGACUUGCGUGCGCCCACCCAGACCCCUGCCUCUUAUGGCACUCCACAACACUGCCUCACUGAGCUGCCCUUCACCAACCUCAGAUGGUACUUUGCAAUACGUGCUAUUGACUCAUCAAACAACACAGGACGCAUCUCUAACAUUGUAUCUGCUUUCGUGCCAGACCCACCUACCAUGCCCCCGCCCACCAUACCUGUCAGUGAGCCACCCUCAAAUGUACAGACAGUCAUCAUGUCAACCAUUACAUCUGCCAGCUCACACGACAUAAAAAUUCGUGGAAAUUCAACAUUGAGAGAUCACUCCAAAAAUGCCAACUAUGACUGGAGAGUGUGGGUGGCUGUGGGUGUUGGGGUGAGUGGCAUCAUCCUAGCAUUAGGCCUAGUGCUGGGGUGUGUAUGUUGCUGUAGACAGAACCAAGACAGUGGAGAGAAAGACCCUGACCGCCCAGUAUACAAAAUCUAUGUGAACAAUGCAUACAUUCAGGAGGAGGAUGGGGAGAUCAAAGUAGUCAGUAAUGGCAAGCUGGUGGAUGACAAGGAGCCCAGUCAGGUCCAAGAGUGGGUUAACUCCUUAUCAAAGUUUGGAUCAUCUGACGUGUAUGGGGGUGAGCCUGGAGAAGCCCCAGUUACUUCUACUGAGACCUCCUUGGUGGAGUGCCGACCCAGGGCCUCUGUUAAAUAUUCAAGUCCAGUGCGGUUUGGAGUCUUAACUAAUGGGUCCAUUAUGCGGGAAGCAUGUGCUUCUUCAUCUUCAACAUCCUCUUCUAAACCCUCUGAUGAUCAAGGAAAAGAAGAUUUAAAAUAUCGGGACCUAUCAGAAACUACCAGCAACUCUACAACAGAUGGAACAACAAGUUCAUCAGCAUCAACGGCAAUAGCAGAAGCGGUACCCCCACUUCCCCCUGUUAUAGAUAACUCAAGAGCCGGUCUCAUUAACCCAAGUGAAAGUGACCUGCCAUUACCAUCUCGAGUAUUGCAACAACCCCUAGGUAUUCCAGGUCCUACUGUCAUAUCCAUUCAUUCAGGUCCUUCCCUCAACAAUGGUUACAGCAGUGAUGAAGAAGGAGGGUUCAGACCACGGACAAUGUCAGGACCAGGGCCUCGUAGAUAUUUACCAACACACUUCUCGUCAUUCCGUUACCUACCACCACCACCGGAAUACCAGUCAGUGCUAAGAAACAGUGGUUCUGUUGACUACCCAACCUGUCAUACCAUCUCCAGAGCAACAGCCACACUUCCACAUGGCACAGUUCGCAGUGUUAAGAAACGUCGUCAUAUAUCCUUUGUAUAGAUAACAGCUUCCAAUUAGAGCUGUAAAAAUUUAUUUUGUAAGACAAAUUAUAUUGGAAGUGAGAAAGUGUUGUCAGUCUUAAGUGUUUGAAAACUGCUAUACAGAACAGCCACCAGUGUCUAAACUUGCUUUGUGUUUGGUGAAGUGGUCUUGUGAUACACAGCAGACAUUCUUAAGUCAUGCAGUACUAGCUCAUACUUUCAGUAUUAUUCAAUUUAAAUUUAGGUUUUCACGUCCAAUAGAAGUGUGUCAUUUCCAUUAAGGCAUGCUGAAGUGGAAUUCAUAUCCAUUGGUGGUACGCAUUUCCAUUAAGGAGGACUGUGGCAGGCAGACAGAAGACUCGUCACUACAUACUGGGCAACUCCACUGUUUUAGCAGUGCAGGGGAGGGUGUGAGGGAGGGUGAACAUAUGUAAAGAAACAGUCUUCCAUGAGGGUCAUUGUAUCUUUACAUAUACUGUAUGAUUUUUGCUCAGUGCUCAUUGCUCAAGUUUUCCUUCUUUUCAUCACCCCAUCUUGUCUCUGGAUAUUUAUCAUGGCAUCCAAAGUGUAGGUGACACUGGUGAAGCAAGGAAGAAAAUUAAGCAUGAAGCUAUGCCUAUCUCGAAAAAAAAGAAGUAGUUGAGAUGCUGAAAGGUGGUGUAUGCAUCAUGAAGACAACAUGAAGAUAAAGGCUUGUGCAAUGAGUAACCCUUAACAUGACUGAAAAAAAAAAUGAGGAAUAGGUCAUCACUAAAUGUGAGAAUUGAAAAACAAUAAAGUGUUACACUUGAUGGCCUUAAUAUUAGGAAAAAAUCCUUAUCAUCCUAUAAGACAGUGUAUGAGGAGGAAGGACAGCCUGAAAGUGAGUGGACAUUUAGUUGGAGAUGGUCUAACAUGUUUAGAAUGUGCAGUGAGCUGUAUAAAAAACAGCUGGAUAAAACAAACCAGCAGCAUAUGACAAUACUGUACCUGAGCACUCCAUUGCAAAGGUCAACUAAUGAAGCGGCAUCAACAUCCCAGGAUCCCCAACCUUCAACAUCAUGUUGCAAACCCCAACCAUCAACCUCAGCCCAGCAGGACUGAUGGUUGUUAGGAUGUUAAGCAUCACCAACCUGACUUGAAAGUAAUAAAUACUGUACAACAUUAAUGUAACCAUUUUUUAGUUACAUGUAUUCUUUCUUUUAAUUGUCUGCACCUCACUAGAGAGCAAGUAUUUCACAAAGUAUGCUCAUCAACAAAAUAAGGUUGAAAAAUAUUUUAAGAAUCAUGAUAGUAAAUUUUUUUUCUGGAAGUCAGAGCAACACACCUCUAUUUUUCCCAUAUGUUUUUAAGCCUAUAAAUCUUCAAAAUAAUUCAUAGCACAGAUUUCAAGAAUGUAACCCAUGUGAAUUACAAAUGCUCACUGUAUUUUAGCAAUAAUUCAUGAAAAAAAUUAUGAAUGGAUUCAGGGAAACAGGUUAGCCAGACUUGAGUCUGGAGAUGGGAAGUACAGCACCUGUAGUUUGGAGGGCUAUUUAAACUGUUAUGUCAGCAUGUUUCUGGCAAAACAGUGAUUGAAUGGGUGACAGUAAAAGUGUUUUCUUCUUUGUCAGG